AAAUUCUUUGAUGGUUGGCGAGCGGUCAGCGUUAGGCAUAGAGUUUUGUAGAUAUGGAUACCCAAAACAUGAGUUCAAUUGUAGGAGAUGGGUUGUACUCUUUGAUAUUCGUAAAGCGCGUGUUGACUUUCUCACUUCACCGCUCACCUCACCUCCACAUCGAUAACAGCCUCCAUCCCUCGCUCAUUCAUUGCCCCACACCACGCUUGCGCUAUGUUCACUGCAGAGAGCAUCGCCAGAAACAUGGAAUUGGAGCAGUAAAGUGACGGGCAAUUAAAUG